AUGGAGAACUCAACACCCAUUGAUAGGAUCAGCAAUUUACCGGAUGAGUUACUCUGUCACAUACUCUCUUUUCUUCCAACCAAAGUUGCUUUCACCACUACCGUUCUCUCGAAGCGGUGGACCCCACUCUUCAAAUUACUCACAACUCUCCACUUCCACUACGAAUCCGUUGCUUGGAUAACAUUGAGUGACAUAACAUUCAGUUCCUUCGUCGACAAAGUCAUAUUCUCCACAAAACUUAUCAAAACAUUUCACCUGAACUGUCAUUCUAAACAUAGCUACCGUUUCAACCAUUGGAUCAAAGCUGCAAAACAGCACCCUCUCGAGAAUCUUGAACUCUGUAGUACGUUUCACUACCUUAUGAUCACCUUGCGGCCAAGUAAUUUCAUAUUUCCAAAACUUGUUGUUCUCAAAUUGACGAGCCUAAAAGUUGAUGAUUUUAUCUCUGUCGAUCUUCCUUCGCUUAAGACCCUUCGUUUGAUUUACGUUAAUUUCACAACUAAGGACAAUUUCAACAAGCUUCUUAAUGGGUGUCCCAUUUUGGAGGAUUUGGAAACUCGUGAUAUUUACUGUUCAGAACAACGGGAUGGUGCUGGUAGGGUUAAAACCUUAUCCAAUUUGACCAGAGCCAAUAUCAGUACAUGUUAUGUUCCUAUUAAAGCAAUUCCUAAUGUCCAAGUUUUACAUCUCCAGGGUUUGCAUCUCGACCGAGAGAUCAAAUCCUUUUACAGGGACUUUCUUGUACUUCAAAACUUAAUCCACCUUGAAUUACGCUUUAAUAACAUUCAUCACUGGAACGACGAUGUAAUGAAAGUGCUCAAAAAUUGCUCCAAGCUUCAAAUUCUUACUAUUACUAAGUUGUUUGACUUAUACAACCAAACUUUGGACAGAAUUUGGAAAAACCCAAAAUCUAUUCCAAAAUCUUGUACUUUAAACUUAGACGGCAUCAUUGAUGGAAGUCAAUUUGCAACAUAUAUUUUAAAGAAUGCACCACUUUUACGAGUCAUGAAGAUCAACGCCAUUGCUGAACCACGUUCAAAUCAGGAUGCUUUAAAAGAAUUAGAAUCAUGUCCGAGGAUUUCUACCGAAUGUGAACUUUCGAUUAGUUUCACCGAAUAUGAAUUUUGGCGGUAG